AAAAUUUUCAUUUUACAUAUGUUUUUUUUCCGUAAAGACUGAAUUUUUAAUAACUAAAAACAAACUAACGAACCGACCCUUCUGUCCUCUGUUUUCUUAUUCUGUGCUAAAAUAACUAUAAAGUCUCCAUUUUUCGAAAACUAAACACACUCACUCACACACCCUUUUCUCCCAUUAACUCAGUUCAACCAAAUUUAUCAACUUUUCCCUCCUAAACCCUAAAACCCUAGUGGAAGUGGUGGCCAAAUCCAUGGCCACCAUCCAAUCAUUGCCCCAACCUCUUCGUACUUCACUGCGCUCUGGGAUCAUUCUUUUUGACAUUGCCACUGUGGUCGAAGAGCUCGUUUUCAACAGCCUCGACGCUGCUGCUUCAACGGUAUCAGUUUUUGUAGGCGUUGGGAGUUCUUAUGUCAAAGUGGUAGAUGAUGGAUCAGGCAUUCCGAGAGAUGAUUUGGUGCUUUUGGGAGAAAGAUAUGCAACAUCGAAGUUUGAUCAUUUAGCUGAUAAGGAUAAUGAAUGUAAGAGCUUUGGGUUUCGAGGGGAAGCAUUGGCUUCAAUUUCCGAUGUAUCCUUGUUAGAAGUUGUAACAAAAGCUUCUGGGAGGCCUAAUGGAUACCGCAAAGUUAUGAAGGGAAGCAAAUGUUUGUAUCUCGGAAUAUAUGAUGAUAGGAAGGAUGUGGGAACGACAGUUUCUGUUCGGGAUUUAUUUUACAACCAACCAAUUCGGAGGAAGUAUAUUCAAUCAAGCCCUAAGAAGGUCUUGCAAUCGAUCAAGAAAUGCGUACAGAGAAUUUCCCUUGUGCACUCAAAUGUAUCUUUUAAAGUUGUUGAUAUAGAAAGUGAGGAUGUACUUCUCUACACACUACCUUCUUCUCCCAUGUCCCUAUUGACCACUUGUUUUGGGACCGAGAUCUCCACCUCUCUUCAUGAAUUGAAAAGUAGUAGCGGAAAAAUUAAGCUUUCUGGAUACAUAUCUUCCCCUUGUGAUAAUUUGAGCAUCAAGGUCUUUCAAUAUAUCUAUAUUAAUUCACGGUAUGUGUGCAAAGGGCCAAUCCAUAAAUUGGUGAAUCAGUUGGCAACUAGAUAUCAUUGGUUCGAUCAAGGAAAAGCUGUCAAUAAUUUCCAAACCAGAAAACGAAGUAGAGCUCAAAUAUACCCUGCUUUCAUUUUGAACAUAAGGUGCCCUCGCUCCUUUUAUGAUUUAAACUUUGAGCCAUCAAAAACCUAUGUAGAAUUCAAGGAUUGGGUUCCUGUACUUGCACUUCUUGAAGAGGUCAUUCAAGACUUGUGGAAGGAAAAUAUGUCUGAUAUCAAGGGCGAAGAUCUACUGUUGAACGGAGAUGGAAACACCAUAUCUUUAGGAGAUUUACAUGAUGUUUUCCCAAGAAACUCCACAACUGGGAAUAAGAAGGGCAGAAUCCAAAAUUCUGAGGACUCUCUUGACCCUAUUUCUUCUCAUCUGAAGAUGCCUAUCAAAGAGCUCAACUACAUGUCCCAGAGGAAACAGGAUAUGAUUACAAAUAAAAGCUCACAAAAAUGUACUCAGUACUUCGAUGAUCAAGAAGAUGAGAUGGAUACAUUUCAUACUGACAAUUCUCUUCAAGCAUGGGAUCAGCCCCUUGCCCAAUGCAAGCUCAAAGUAUCUAAAAACUACGAGCACCAGCCGUUCAUUUCUAAUAACCACUCUUUAUCUCCAGAUGAUUAUUGCCUGGUAGAUGAAUAUACUUCUGGAGAGAGAUGCAGAGUGAGUGCAGAUGUUAACUUCAGUUCUUCGUGGGGAAGAGAUUCGUUUGAAGCUGAUCUCGGUCUUAGCAGUGAAGCUGUUGAUAGUUCAUUGUGUUGUGAUCAUCAAGAACUCAGCAAUGAUGUGGCAGUGAGCAGGGAUGGGAAGAGACCUUUUCUGAAGAGUUGCUCCUUCAGAGGGUGCCUUCCACAAGAGAGGACUUUGUGUACAGAUGAUGUUUGUAAGUUUAAAAGUGAUAACUUUAAGAUCAACCAAAUGUUGAACUGGCCUUAUGGCGGGGUUAAUGUUUCAGAGACUAACGAGAAUUUUGAUUUCUUGUCAUGUCCUUUGCGGGAGGCCAACACAUCAAGAUUUCAGUCCUCUCCAACUGCAGAAAUCGGUAGUUUUUCAAGAUCUUCCCUAAGGUCAUUCCCACUUUAUGAAGAGCCUACCACUGACUAUAAUGAUGGUUUCUUGUCUGAUUCGGUUAAAAGGAUAGAGACUAUUGGCUCUAAUCAUCUCAAUUUGGACCCUGAAUGGUGCUCUUUGAGCUUAGAUUCGAUUUCCCAGCCCACACCUUGGGAUGUAGAUCAUUACACUGACUGCAGAUAUAGUAAUGAUGUACUGGAAAAGAGAUCUAGCCAAGAAAAGUGGAAUGCAAGCUGUUCAUACAAUGAAUUUUCAGAUGCGGACUUGGGUGAAUUCCUUCCUAGGCACAAUUUAAACAAAAGACUUCCCUCUAAGUCGGUGAACAUAUCAAAUCAUGGGACAGACUGGUUAAGUGAAGUAUCUCUUGGUAAAAACCAGUUGAGUAGUGAGAUGUACAAAAGUCAAAGAGAUCAAAAUAGUUAUGAUGAAAGUGAAGGGAAUGAUCAUUUCUCUAAACGAAGAUCAAGAAGCCACUCAGCUCCGCCAUUUUGUAGAAGCAAGAGAAAGUUCUUGACCUUAAACUUCCAUUCUACAGGAAAAGGGGGCAAUGACCCAGCUUAUCCAGAAGGUCGUGAACGGUGGAAGCCUAUAGUUUUGGGGGAUUCGCUGUUAGACAACAGGCUAGAUUGGAAGAAUCUACAAGACCUGAAGGAAGACUUAACGGAGAUUAGAAGUGAGGAAAGGCUUGAACAGUCUGUUUGUUUCGACAUUCAAGAUGCUCCAUUUAAAGAUAAUGUUUCCCUGAAUUGUGGGAGCAAAUGGCGGAACAGCUGCCCAAAGACUGCUCACAAUAAUAAGUUGCAUCACCAUGACAUCCAGAACGAGAGUAGUAUUCUCGAUAUCUCUUCGGGAUUCUUGCACCUUGCUGGUGACUCUUUAGUUCCUGAAUCUAUUAACAAAAACAGCCUUAAGGAAGCCAUUGUUCUCCAACAGAUUGAUAAAAAAUACAUUCCAAUUGUGGCUGGGAAAACUCUUGCUGUCGUUGAUCAGCACGCUGCAGAUGAACGAAUCCGACUAGAGGAGUUGCGUCAGAAGGUCUUGUCUGGAGAAGCAAAGGAAAUCACUUUUCUGGAUGCAGAGAAAGAAUUGAUGCUGCCAGAGAUUGGGCAUCAGUUACUGCAUAGCUAUGCCAAAGAAAUUAAAGAAUGGGGUUGGAUAUGUAACAUUCAUGCUCAGGAUUCAAAAUCCUUCAAAAGGAAUUUGAAUCUUCUCCACAACCGGCCAACGGUUAUUAAGCUCGUUGCGGUACCAUGCAUCUUAGGAGUCAACUUGUCUGAUAUAGAUCUCACUGAAUUUCUCCAACAGCUGGCUGAUACCGAUGGAUCUUCAACAAUACCACCCUCUGUUCUUCGCGUCCUCAAUUCCAAAGCAUGUCGAGGUGCAAUUAUGUUUGGGGAUGCAUUGCUACAUUCGGAGUGUUCCCUUAUCAUUGAAGAGCUAAAGCAUACCUCCCUUUGUUUUCAGUGUGCACAUGGGCGGCCGACUACUGCCCCGCUCGUGAACUUGGAGACACUGCAUAAGCAAAUAGCUAAGACUACACUGCACACUGAUGAUUCCAACGGGUUAUGGCAUGGCUUACGCCGACAUGAGCUCAAUGUUGAACGCGCUGAACAACGUUUGAUGUCAGCAUCUUGUUAGAGUAAUAUAAUAGAGAGUUUGUUAUCAUAGUGUAAAUAAAAUACAAAACUGCAGAUUACCAAUAUGGAUUUCACAUUUGAUGAUGUACUUUUUCACUUAAUAAAUCUCUUUUCAGAAAGUUAUGCUACUA